CUACGAAGUCUUAAAAUAUUUUUCUUUCACGAAAGCAACGAUCAUCGAGAGAGAGAGAGAGAGAGGGACGACUCGCCUUGGCUUUGGCUCUCUCUUUCGAUACGAAAUUCGGCGUCUUUAGCUCUCUCCCUCUAUCAUCCCCACCUCUGCUUCUCUCUACAUAUACAUAGAGCUUCAUACUUGUGUUGGUUUCUUUAUGCUUGGUGGUUCUAAUGGGUGUGGAAGUAGCAGGGGAUUUUUAUUUUAUUUUAUUUAUUUAUUGGGAUUUAGUUUUGUUUGUUUUUGUUUGCUUGUUAUGCAAUUUUGUGUUUUUCUAUAUGUUCCCUAUGGUGUUUAUGAGAUCAUAUUGGAAUUAUCAGUAUGAAUACCACGGUGUCCUGUUUUAGUUGGUUAUGGCGAUGAGCCUUAAAUGCUGUUUUGUUUCUUCUGGUUUGUUCUUCUCGGUUUGGUUUUGGUGACGAAUAUGCUUAGUGGGUUCUUUUAUUUGAGUUAAAAGCUCGAGCUUUCUUGAUGUUGAAUUGCUUUGUUGCUUCUCUCGGGUUGGUCUCCCGGUUCUAAAGAUGGAUCUGGGGAGAUGGAUGUAGAUGAAGUGAAUUAUGAUGAGGAUAGCAUUGAAGAUGAAUCGUCCAGGCAGGUUGGUGUCGAUGGAGAUCCGGGGGCUUAUCCUGGCAUUGGGGAUGAGCAUCAGGUGGAAAUUCCACCUGUUAUGAAAAAAUCAGACCAUCUCUCACUCACAAAUUGCUCAUCUGAUGCAGAAGUCUUGCGUUGCGAUUUCCUUAAAUUUUUAGUUGGAAAGCCAUUAUCCUUAGUGUGGAUCUGUGAGAAGGCUAAGAACAUUAAACGUGAGCCUGGGGAGUUUGUUGGUGUUGCCACUGUCUUAGAAGAAAAAGAUAUGCCUCCCCUUGAAUAUGGAUGCACUAGAACUAAACACAUUUUUACAGAAGGUGAUGAGUCGAAAGCUAAGGUUGAUACAAAUAUCAUGUCUGGUGAUUGCGUGGAACUUAGAGGACCGAAUGAGUUCUUCUUGCGGCAAGAUGUUAAGACUGAAAUGCUUCAGAAUAUUGGAGACAAAGGCUACUCUCUGGUCCCUGGAUACUUGGAUGACACAUGGAGCGAUAGAGAAGAAGCUAGUUUUCUUCUCGGUUUAUAUAUUUUUGGAAAGAAUCUUGUUCAAGUGAAGAAAUUUGUUGAGACUAAAAGUAUGGGUAAUAUACUGUCAUUUUAUUACGGAAAAUUUUAUAGGUCUGAAAAAUAUUGCAGAUGGGCAGGUUGUCGGAAAAUAAGUAGCAGCAGAAGAUGUAUAUUUGGACAUAAGAUUUUUACAGGACCGAGACAACAAGAGUUAUCAUCCCGUUUGCUUCCCCGUUUGUCAGAGCAAUGCCAAAAUACUUUAGAAGAGGUGUCAAAGAUGUUUGGAGAGGGAAAAAUGUCACUUGAAGAAUAUGUUGUCACCUUGAAGGCUGCAGUUGGAUUGAAUGCUCUUAUAGAAGCUGUUGGAAUAGGUAACGGGAAGCAAGACCUCACAGGCAUUGCCUCGGAGCCCCUAAAGUCCAAUCAAGUUGGUCCUGCCCGUCCUGAAGUACCAGUUGGUAAAGCAUGCUCCUACCUUACACCUUUGGAAAUUAUCAACUUUUUAACAGGUGACUAUCGAUUAAGCAAAGCUCGGUCUAAUGAUCUUUUUUGGGAGGCUGUUUGGCCUCGUUUGCUCGUUAGAGGCUGGCACUCCGAGCAGCCUAAUGAUAAUGGUUGUGCUGCUAUUACCACGCAUUCUUUGGUUUUUCUAGUCCCUGGUAUCAAGAAAUUUUCAAGAAGGAAACUAGUAAAAGGAAACCAUUAUUUUAACUCUGUCACUGAUGUCCUGACCAAAGUUGCAUCUGAUCCUACGCUUCUUGAGCUUGAGCUAGAAGCCGAUAAGAGCUAUAGUAGCAAGGGAGAAAAUGGGUGGACCAAUGGUACAAAUUCGGUCCAAGACAACUCCCCUGAUCAGCAUCGCCAUUGUUAUCUCAAACCACGAACUCCCAACCGCGAUACUGAAGUCAUGAAGUAUACUGUUGUAGAUACAAGCCUGCCAGCCUAUGGUGAAACAUUUAAGGUAAGAGAAAUGAGAAGCCUACCAGUUGAACUGCCGAAUAUUUCCACCUCCAGAAGUCAAUCUGUAGAGAGUGAUGAGAAUUCUGAUGGGGCAUCUUCUGUUGCUGGAGGUCAGCAUGACAAACCGAAAUCCCGAGUCUUGUUUGACCUAAAUGUAGCUGCUGUACCAAAUGCUGAAGCCGAUGACCCUUCAUUGAUGGAAAUGACAGGAAAACACGAUGAAGAAGGCACAAAAGCAAAUGAACACUGUAUGCCGGAGAUCUCUGCAUGCAUGACGCAGCCAUCUAGCAUGAACUCUAGGAGACAUAGCACGAGAAACCGGCCACCUACUGCUAGAGCUCUGGAAGCUCUUGCUUUUGGGUUUCUUAGCUUAAAGCCAAAGCGAAAGAGUCGGGACGCCUUUUCUCCAGAAAGCUCAAUAUCAAGACCUCACCGUGCUCGUGCUAAGUUUAGUGUCAUGGAGGAUUCAAUUACAGAUGUCAUUGACGACGUAAGAGGGAAGAGUAUAUGUAAUAGUAACAGUGAGGUUCAGUUUGAUUCAAUGGAAACCAAGCUUACAUGAUCCCAAAAUCAGCUCACUUCUGAAUUGCCUAUUUGUAACAGAAGCUGGGGCUUUUAGAAUCCCGGCCAUGGUUGUCGAAGAGCAUGGCAAUCGUUGAGCUUGAGCUCUUCCAUAAUGCUGUAUCUUGCAUGUCUUCGUAGUCUAACUUCACAGAGGGUUUGUUAUGGUGUUAAAGACUUCUUAAUAGACUACCGGCCUGCCGGGCGUUGAGAACGGAAGAAUAAGCUCAGGUAGAAGCUUCCUUGGCCAACCAAAACUUUGUAUCUGGAGUUGAAUGGCUGAGCCUAUAUAGAGUUAGUUAUCCAAAAACUGCAGUGCUACCAUGGCAAGUGUAAAAAAAUACAUGUUAUAGUUCACUGUUUCUUCUGCUUAAAUUCAGGUCAAGUUUCUUCAGCAAUAAUUCUUGGCCUAUUAUACAAGCCAACCUACAGUCAUCAGAUGAUAAUGAUUAUUUGUUCUUUUUGGUUUCAUUUUGAUACAUCCUUGAAGAAUUUGUAGUUUUUGUUGUUUGAAUAAUAGAAAAGGUAAAGAAGUACUUUAGUUUCUUUCA